UGAAAAUUACUUGACGAAAAGAGGUGACGUCAGCGAUGUGUCGACAUACAUGUACACAAUACACACACAGACAUGCACAGGGAGAGAAAGAGAGAGAGAGAGAGACAUAGAGUUAGGAGGAGUGCGCGCAUAUACGCAACACAGAGUAGCAGAGUUACGUCCAAACUAGUCGGGCUGCCUGUCUCUCCCCGGUGUCUGUCGGGCAGCUGCUCAAAACGCGUCCGUCCACUACGUACAUACACAUCUGCAUUCACACCCACACAAGCUGGCACACUCAUUCGCCCACUUUGCCGCCUAGGUACAAAACCCUUCUAUGCAAGACGCACACAGAAAUGCAAAACAGACUCUCGCACACACACACACACACACACACACACACAUCCAUGCUUGUCCGCAGCGCUAUAGAGGGAGAGGCCGCACGUGAUUGACGUGCGUACGCCUCACUCACACACAUACAGUACACACUAUCAAUCCAUCCCUACUACCCCUCAGCCAACCAAAUGGCCUUGCCAUCCUCAAGCCAAAAUUGCCACCCCUGCUGUGCUGUUGUCGCUGUCAUCUGUCGGCAUUGUCAGUGGCAUCCGGUCGAUCAGCACCUUGUCGUACUUCUCACAUGAGUCGUCGUAGUGCAGGUCGCGCAACACGUUCUCGGGACACGCCAUCCGCCUCAUCGACGAUCCGAAAGUCUCGUCAACAGCGGCCGCAUCGAAGAGACUGCUCGUGUCCACAUCGGCGCCAGUCACUUUGGUCCAGCACGUCUCGAUCUGGGACAGCACGGGCCCUCGACAGCUCAUCGCCACCAUGUUGGGACCCCCAUAGGCGUUCUGGAUGGCGGCGACCGACACCUCCCGGCCGAUGUGCUGACGGACAAGCUUGGGCGUGUCGCUCAGAAAGAAGGCGCGCGCCAUCAGGGCAAAGUAGGCGACCGCACUGAGCCCGGAGCAGCUGCCGUGCCGCGCGUACUCGUGGUCGAUGAAGCCGCCGCUGACGUUGAGAGUUGCCGAGUAGGCGGGCGCAAUGCGCUGCCAGAGGUGCUGAAAUCGACUCUUGACGUCGGCCGGUGCGCGGCAGUGCGGCAGCUUCUUCUGUGAGCGACGCGAGCAGCUUGCAAAGCCACCACAGAACUGAGGGAAGCGAUAGGGCUGCCGCGCAGCAGCAGUCGUGUCAUUGUACUGAAUCAACACAGACCGCACACACAGAAACGGUAUACUGUGCAUCGCUCCAUCUGCUCAUGUAUCCCUUCCUUGUGUGUGGACGCACUUGAGGCCACAGGCCAUGCAGAGUGAAGUGCGUAGCGGCAAAUGAGCCCGGCUUGAUGGAGGUGCACUCGGCGCUGCCCUUGCCUUGCGUAAGGCACCACUCAGGCGCCCAACCCUCUGCCAGCACGUACAGGUCAAACGUGCCAGCAGGGACGCCCGUUUCUUGAGCAGUGACGCAGCAUAUGGCAAGGAGGCCGGAGAUGACCAGCAGAUGCGACAGAUCUGAGAGCGGGGACCUCAUCUCGCCUGAACAAUCUCC